UGUACACACAUGAAUUGGUGCUCGCUCUCUCCUCAGCGCUGUCGAGGGCUGUGCCGUGCUGCUGCUCUGCUCCUUCUUCGCCCUGUCGCUGUCCUGGCUCCGAGGCGCUGGCUGCUGGGUUUUGUGCCUGUGGAGGAGGAGCCAUGAAUCUGGGGGAUGGUUUAAAGCUUGAAACUGAAAUUCUGGAUGGAAAACCUAGACUGAUAUUGGCUCCUUCUGUGGGUAAGUCCAAAUCAAGUGUAAAGAUGUGUAAUAAAAACAAAAUCUUGAAACAUACAUUGAGAACAAAACAGAAUGGGAAUGUUCUGAAAUCAGUGCAAACUACUUGUGAGAAGAAUGAAUGUUUAACAAAACACAGAACUGGAUCAAGGCUUUCAGUAACAAAAGGUGGGAAAAAUCAUGAAAUUUUGAUAUCAACUGAAGAGUCCAGCAAGAAAGACGAUGUUUUCAUCAUCCAUAAUGACAAUAUAACAGCAAAACCUGAUAUCCACACCACCAAAGUCUCAGUUAAAAAACUUUUGACGUCCAAUAAGAAGUCCCAAAAGCCUCCCAUUUCUGUUGAAGAUGUAAGAGACAGUUUGGUAUGUUUAACACAACAGCAACUCGAACAGAUCCUGGUGGCUGUGAAAGGAGGAACCAAAAGAGUCUUGCAGCAUCAGCAUGAAAAGGGGGAAGAAACAAUUCAAAACAGUCUAGAUAUUAAUCCUCCUGCUGAUCAGGUAUCAGAAGAAGAAAACAUAACAGGAUUACUUCAAAAAGCUGGUGAAACUAUAUCUGUCCCAAGUGAAAACAGUAUAAGAAAAAAAGAAGCAUUCAAGAAGGCUGAGCAGAACCUUAUAAACUCAUGGAAGCCAGCUGACAUCUUUAGUACUCUAGGUGAAAGGGAAAGGGAUAAACCCUUGUUGGAUGCUAAGAAAUCCCAAUGGAAGAAGGAACUAGAUGAACAGGUAGCCUUAAAGAAGAAACUCAAAGAAAAUUCAGAAUUGGAGUCAAAAUUUCACUUACGGCAGAAAGCAGACAAAGUUAAAAAUUGCUCAGAAGGACAGAUGACUAACCAAGUUAAAAUGGCAUUUUCAGAAGAUCUGAGUGCUGCAACAGAAGAUAGCCACAUUUGUAGAAGUUUAACUACUGAGUCUAGUGAAGCUUCACCCAGUAUUUCAAGUCGCCAAACUGGACAGUUCUCUAGCUUCAGUUCUCCAGACCUGCCAGCUGCUAUUCGAUCAUCAUUUGUGUUAGGGGAAGCGACUCCAGUGGAGCAUGCUUUCAGUGCUAUAAAACGUGAACAACAGAAAAAGUGGCUUGAAGAGCUUGAUAAACAAAAAGAAGCUGUGAAACUACGAAAAAAAGAAGAAAAAUGUGAUUUAUCAAAGGCUGAAGAGCAUGACCGAUGGACAAUGCAUUUUGAUUCUUUCAAGAAUCAUGCUUACUCUUCCUCACAAUACCCUUUAAAUACUACAUAUAAAAAGCAGACUGAAACUUUACAUUUUUCUCCUGAGUUGCAAGACCAAAUUACUUUUACACCAACAGAGGUGGAAAGUUCAGGAAAAUCAGUUGGGAGCAAUAUUUCAGAGUCAAGUCAAAAAGGAAGUUUCCUUCGUUCAAUGACUGCCCUUUUGGAUCCUGCUCAAAUUGAGGAAAGAGACAGGCGGCGGCAGAAACAGUUAGAACAUCAGAAAGCCAUAAUGGCUCAAGUAGAGGAAAAACGAAUGAAAAAACAACUUGAGGAGGAGCAGAGGAAGCGGGAAGAACAAGAAGAAGAAUGCCGGCUUGCAAGAGAACAAGAAUUGAUGAAAAAGCAGUUUGAAGAAGAUCUCCUCAAACAAAAGCAAAAAGAGGAAAUCAUGACCCUUAAAACAAAUGAACUGUAUCAGUCAAUGCAACGAGCUCAAGAGUUAGCCCAGAGAUUAAAACAAGAACAGCGUAUUAAAGAGUUGGCUCAGAAAGGACAUGAUAUUUCCAAACUGCAGAAGAAUCUUGGUAGUAGUGAUACAUUGUAUGAGACUUAUAGUGCUGACCUGAAUGGCUUUUCAGAUGUCAGCAAACAUCAUGAUCAGUGUUCUGCGGAGAACACCAGAAUAGUAAAUCAAGAUGUCAAAAGUGUUCUCUCUCCUCGGAAGGACACUGCUGUGCAGACAGACAGUGUUAACAGUGAUGUGUACAUUGAGCAAACUAGGAGUGGAAGAGUGGACUGUAUGUCUCCAGAUAUUUCUAUAGAAUAUAAAGUGGAUUCUAACAGCAAAAAAAUUAAGAAAGAGCCACAGCAUACAGAUAAAAAGAAAAUUUCAGAAAAAGAGAAUCUUGUCAGCUAUAGCAAUUUAAAUGAGCAGACUGCACAAAAAACGAAACAUAUUAAACCACUGGAAAGGAAUGAUAAAAGACCAGACUGGAACAUAAACAAACCAUGCAAAAGGUUUGUUCCAGCAUCAGAAAGAUAUCCAAGAUGUCUUCAGAAACGAAGAGAAGAAAAGAAAGCGAGACGGCAAAAGGAAUUGCUCCAGCUGGCUGAAAGAAAUAGCCCUGGUAAUCUUUGUCAAAAGAAAAGCAUUUCUCCAGAUCCUUCUCCCUUACCUCAUCAUGAAGAUUUUGAUGAUAAUAAGGUGAAUGCAGUAAGAAAGGAAGAACUAUCUCCAAAAAAUAACUUUAUUGGACCAAGAUCUGAAUCACCACCUGUUCCAGAAAUUAAAAGCAGGUUACAAAGACCAGUAAAGGCAUCUGAUUUUUCAGCUUAUAAUAGUAAUGAGGUGAAAGAGAAGCAUAUAUCUACUCACGAGUAUCAAAGUGAAAGACCUCCUCCAAGUGUUGAAACUGAAAGGCCACCUUCAGCAUACUUUGUUCCCUACGUGCGAACAAAUGAAGUAUAUUACCUGGAUCCAGAUGCACCCAUGACUAGACCUUCAACACAUGAUCCAGAAUACCAACUACUGAAUGAUUCUUGCCAUCCCGCACGACAGGUUUUUAGCUCUGAUCACGCAAGGGAUCCACUUUUUAAUCCCAACGUGGUAAGAGACAGACAGCAGGCCAUACUCAAAGGACUUUCCGAACUGCGACAGGGCCUUCUCCAGAAGCAGAAAGAAUUGGAGACGUGUCUUAUUCCGAGCAUUAUAAGACAGGAGAACUUUAUUUCACCAUUUUAAAAAUUUCAUGAUUGAUACAUGACUAUUUGGCUGUUUUGGCACUUUAUAGUACUUACUACUGUGAUUUUAAUCCAUAUCUGUAUAACACUAUGGAAUUUUGUUCAAGAAUUCUUGAAUAUCGAAUUAUAUUUUGUAUGUUUAGGAUACAUUUCCAGCAACAAAGAAUUCAUGUAGCAGGAAACCACUACAGUGGGUGGUUUUGUUCACAUGAAAUAUUUGUACUAAUUUGUCUGUGUUCUUGGCACAAGGAAUAAAUUAUUAGGUAUUUUAA